AGAAUUCAAAUCCUGUCUAAACUCCUUCUCUUUUCUCUUCCCAGGUCCAUAUGUUGCAGGUAGCAACAUGGGGAACAAUUCCAGUCGGGUUACGGCCCAGGAUAAGGCCAUCCUGGACCUGAAGAUCCAGCGCGACAAGCUGCACCAGUACCAGCGGCGCAUCACCGGCCUGACCGACCGCGAGACCGAUAUCGCAAAGCAGAUGCUCGCCAAGGGCGACAAGAAACGCGCGCUCCUCGCCCUCCGCCGGAAGAAAUACCAGGAGUCCCUUCUGGCCAAGACAGACGCCCAGCUCGAACAGCUGGAGAAACUCACCGCCAACGUCGAGUUCGCCCAGAUUCAAAAGGACGUCGUGUUCGGCUUGCAGCAGGGCACCAAGGUGCUGAAGGAGAUACAUGCCGAGAUGGGCGGGAUAGAGCACGUAGAAAAGUUGAUGGGCGAGACGGCGGAUGCAAUUGCAUAUCAAAAUGAGGUCAGCGAGAUGCUCGGCGGCAAAAUUUCGAACCAGGAUGAAGACGAGGUCGAGGAUGAGCUUGCGGCCUUGGAGGCCGAAGUGAAAGGGACACAAGCACUACCCAAGGUUCCGGAUACUGCGCUGCCCGAACCUGUGAAGGAACAUACCCCAGAAAGGUUGCCCGCAAAGGCGCCGCAGAAAGAACCGGAGCGACAAGCUGUGCUUGCGUAAGACAGAAAUGGUUCUCAAGGCUGAUAUGCGGUACGAGACAAAACAUCAAUGACGAAAGUUCAGAC